AUGACGGUUCAUAAUUUCCAGCACCGGACUAAGUUAAAAUGUAAAUCUAAAAAGUUACCACAAGAUGUUAAUCCACGAGGUGUUUUUGCUUGUAAUGAGUUAGACCUUUCGGAAGUCAAGGUAUAUGGCUUUGACUAUGAUUACACUCUAGCUCAUUAUAAACCAUCCUUAGAACACCUGUUAUACAAUCUUGGAAGGGAUAUGCUCUUGGAAAAAUACAAGUACCCAUCAGAAAUUUCAAAAUUAGAAUACAAACCACACUUUGCCGUGAGAGGGCUGCACUAUGACAUAGAAAAGGGUUUGCUGCUCAAAUUAGACUCAUUUCUACAAAUACAAUUUGGAGCUGUAUACAGAGGGCUUACUCCUGUGUCUACUGAGGAAGUGCUCAAAAUAUAUAAAAAUAGAAUUAUACCAAUAGCAUAUGUGGAGGGGGACACUCGAGUACACAAAGAGAAUCGAGCAAAGAUGGUACACUUAGCAGACCUGUUUUCUGUGCCUGAAAUGGGGCUCCUUUGUAAUGUGGCUGAAUUUUUCAUAAGAAACCACAUAGAUUAUCAUCCGGAAAUCCUUUUUUUAGAUGUAAAGAAUUCCGUGCAAAGCUGUCAUCCAAUCAUGCAUAAGAUUGUUGCUCAAAAUGUGGAAGAGUACAUUCGUCCCAAUUCAGAUUUAAAAAAAUAUUUCCAACUUUUGAGGGAUCAUGAUAAAAAGUUGUUUCUUGUGACAAACAGUCCCUUUCAUUUUGUUAAUGCGGGUAUGGAAAUGUUGGUCGGACAAGACUGGAGAGAUUACUUCGACGUAGUUAUUGUCAACGCGAACAAGCCGAAAUUCUUUACGGAAGUUUCCCGACCGAUUCGAGUUUUCGAUAAGAAUGCCAACACUCAUAUAUGGGAGAAAGUAACGGCUUUGGAAAAAGGAAUUAUAUAUUACGAGGGCACAGUGAAGCAACUACAGGACCUGACAGGCUGGAGUGGUCACCAAGUGUUAUAUUUCGGCGACCAUCCGUACAGUGAUCUUGCUGACGUCACCCUUGAACAUGGAUGGCGUACCGGCGCUAUUAUCAAUGAACUUACGCACGAGAUUAACACCUUAAACACAGAGACGUUCAAACAGAAUGCCAAUUGGUUACAAAUGCUGACACAAAUCAUAGAAGACCAUCAGGAUUAUAAAGAUCCAGAAGCGCUGGAAGUUAUUUCUGAGUGGAUGGCUGAACGGGACCAACUCAGUUUAACAAAGAACAGUAAAAUUAACAAUGCUGAUACGUUAAAUUUGAAUGUUUUCUUGUUACAAAACAUUUCCCAACAAAAACAAAACGACACAAAGUCCGUCUUUAACAAACAGUUCGGCAGCGUUUUCCGCACUUACCACAAUCCCACUUAUUUCUCUCGACGUCUCUUCCGCUUCGCCGAUAUAUACACCUCAAAUAUAAGAAACCUUCUGAACUACUCACUCACUCACACGUUUUACCCCCGACGAGGUGUAAUGCCUCACGAAUAUGGAUCCUAUUUCGUC